AUGCUCAAGAACGCCGCGCUCGGUGCGACAGGCAUCAUCCUGCUCUCCGGCUCUCUCCUCCUCCUGUGGUUCGUCAUCCUCUCGGGCGUGACACACGUGACGCCCCUAAGGCAUACCUACUUUCUGCAAGCCGACACUUCCGGCAUCAGCGGCGCCCGUGAUGUUACCCAGUGGACCUACUUCUACUUCUGCGGCCCCGACAACAGGGACUGCGGCAGCCCUCGCCCGGCGCCGGCCUUUGGCAAGGCGUGGGAUCGCGAUGCUUCGCAGGCCCCGAGCAGCUUGAUCGGCACCCACGGCGGCGGUACUACUUCCUUCCACUACUACUACAUGUGGAGGUUCGCCUGGGUCUUCAUCCUGAUCAACCUCUUCUUCGAGACACUCGCCUGGUUCGCCGCCUUCCUCGCCUGCUGUGGACGUCUGGGUGCUGCCAUUGCCAGCCUCAUGGCCCUCACGGCCCUCUUCUUCCACAGCUUGGGUACCGCCAUGAUGACUGCCGUUUUCGUCCAGGCCCGCAAUGCCUUCCACAGAGAUAACCGCAGCGCCAAGGUUGGCUCGUAUGCCUUUGGCUUCAUGUGGGCGUCCUGGUUCACCCUCUUCCUCGCGACCAUCCUCUUCAUCGUCGGCAUCAAGACCAACAAGUCGCGCAAGGACACGACCGCAACAGCCACAAACGGCCACACCAAGCGUCGCUGGGGCCGCAACCGCAGCGUGAGGAGCAGCUCCUACGACGGACGCAGGGUCAAGGAGGAGUACGCAUAG